AUGCCUAGUACAACCAUCAUCCACCACUGGUGGAAAAUCAAGAAAAGACACCAGCAAAUUACUAUGUUGAUACGUGAUAGAUUAAGGAUUGCGGAUUUCGUCCAUCUUUGUCAAUCUCAGCCACCAUUGUACAUAUUCAACAAUAGUCCAAGUGGAAAAUCAAGAAUGCAUCAUGUUUUAUUAAUAUCGAUGGUUCAAUGCAUUGGAAUGAUGGAUCAAUUAAAUAGAAUCACAAUAGUCCAACUGUGGAUAUCACUAAAAUUUCUAUCUAUUUCCACCAUCCACUAUCCAUCUUCUAUCCAUCCAUCCACUAACCUCUAUCCAUCCGUCCUCAUCCAUCCAUCCUCAUCCAACCAUCCUCUAUCCUCUAUCCAUCCAUCCUCUAUCCUCUAUCCAACCAUCCUCAUCCAACCAUCCUCAUCCAUCAGCCCUCUUCAUCCAUCCGUCCUCAUCAUCUAUCCAUCCGUCCGUCCUCAUCAUCUAUCCAUCCUCUAUCCUCUAUCCAUCCAUCCUCUAUCCACCAUCUUCUAUCCAACCAUCCUCAUCCAACCAACCAUCCUCCAUCCAUCCUCUAACCAUCCGUCUUCAUCCAACCAACCAUCCUCCAUCCAUCCUCUAUCCACCAUCUUCUAUCCAACCAUCCUCAUCCAACCAACCAUCCUCCAUCCAUCCUCUAUCCAUCCGUCCUCAUCCAACCAACCAUCCUCUAUCCAUCCAUCCUCUAUCCAUCCAUCAGCCCUCAUCCACCAUCCUUCUUCAUCCAUCCGUCCGUCCUCAUCCAUCCAUCCUCUAUCCACCAUCCACCAUCCACCAUCCCUAUCCAUCCACCAUCCGACCAUCCUCUAUCCAUCCAACCACCAUCCUCUAUCCAUCCACCAUCCGACCAUCCUCUAUCCAUCCAUCCACCAUCCAUCAUCCAUCCACCAUCCACCAUCCACCAUCCAUCCUCUAUCCUCCAUCCAUCCACCAUCUACCAUCCAUCCUCUAUCCAUCUACCAUCCAUUCUUCCACUAUCCGCCAUCCACUAUCCAUCAUAGGUGCGGUACACCUUGCUUAUCUUUUUUAGAGUCAACAAUAAUUAAUUAA